AUGACGGAGAAUUUACCAAUCGACAUACAUUGUGCAAAGCUUCUGGAUUGGCUUGUUAGUCGUCGUCACUGCAACAAGAAUUGGCAAAAAGACGUCUUGGUGAUUCGCGAGAAGAUCAAACAUGCAAUCUUGGAUAUGCCUGAAUCGGAGGAAAUCGUCAAUCUUCUCACUGGCGCCUAUAUCAACUACUUUCACUGCUCGAAAAUCAUUGAGAUUCUGAAAGGAACCGAGAAAGAUACAAGAAAUUUUCUCGGAUAUUACUCCUCACAGCGAAUGAAGGAUUGGCAGGAAAUCGACUCCUUGUACAAACAAGAGAAUGUCUACUUGGCGGAAAGUGCUCAAAUUCUUCAACGUUUGGUCCAGUACGAGGUGCCCGGACUAAAGAAUCAAAUCAAAAAAGCUGAACAGAAUUUGGAGGAAAGUGUAAAAAAGGAAAAGGAAUAUAUGAAGCAGAGUGCUGAUUCGAAGAAAUUAUACGGCAAAGAAUUGGAACGAUUUGGUCUUCCCGGAAAUAAACUUCGACUCGAGUUAUUGGAACUAGCAAAAGAUCUACCCACAUUCUUUGGAGAGCAAUCCAAAAAGAUCGCCAACUUGAAAGAUGCAAUUGAACAUUACGAGAAUUUUCGAACUUAUUUACACAAGGACGCUCCACCAAAAACCUCUCUUCUACCGGCAAUGAAACUGGUUUCGGCAAAGGGUGAUCGAGCAACUGCUUUUGAGUUGAAAUACGGAGUCGAGCCGACCGCUGUUGAACCGCCAAAUUUCGAACUUCUCCUGCAAGCCAAUGAAAAAAAAGAAAACGAUGACGACGGUGCGAUUGAUUUUGGUGAUGCAGAAAUCGCUUUUGAUGACGAUCAAGUGAUUGAUUUUGGAUACGAUUCCAAUUUCGAAGUGGUUGCUGACGAUUCAGGUGCUGUGGGUAGUCUCGUUGCGCGGGGAGAAGACGCACUCGGAGUUCUCGAAAAUACGACCACACAAAAGACGCUAAAGAAUGAGCUACAAGAGUUAUUAGCUUUCUUGACGAUGCGCCUCGAGGAUGAAGAGAGGGAUUCUCAAGCUGACGCACUAGUUUUGGCUGCCGAAGUUCGACCAGACAAUGCUAAAAUUUCGAAUGCUCAAUUAAAUAAUUGGAUUCGAUCGGUCAAAGAGAUUGUCGCUGAUUUCACAAAUCCACAAAGAAUUCACCUCUUCAAAAUCAAAGCAAGCCCACAAUAUGUUGAGACUCUUGUUGAGGAUUUGGAACGGAAAAGAGAUGCGGAAGGACGAUUAGUUGAUAGAGCCAAAUUGAUGCAACAAAAACAGAGUCAACAUGAGCAAGAAGAAAAGAAGUUGAGGGACAACCUGAAAUCGCUGCUCGAAAGCACAAAGGAGUUACAGAAAGAGAUUGAAAGCGAAAUCUCGAAAAAGUACAGCAAUCGCCGCGUGAAUAUCAUGGGUGGGAUAAAUCUAAUUAAAACAAACACGAAAAAAUCAUUAUCGGUGAGGGGAACUCUCAAAUGUGGAGCCGUUCCCGCAUUCGGCGUUUUAACGAGACUUUUCGAUCGAGGAUCAGAGGCGACGCAAGCUUUAACCGAAGAACACACGAAUAAAAACGGUGAAUUUACGCUACAGGCGAGCUUCAAUCCGGUGAAAAAUCUAUCGCCUGAGUUAAAAGUUUAUCAUGAUUGCAAUGAUGGGAAAAAGCCAGGUUUGCGCAAAUUUCGCUUCAGAAUCCCUGAGAAUUAUGUAGUGGAAACGGGAAAUAAUAAAAUUUUCGAGUUGGGUUUGAUUAAUUUGGAGAUGAAAAUGUUGGGUGAAGGACGGACGAACAAUGAAAAAGCGGAAGAUCACGGGAGACGAUUGGUGAGGAGCGUACAAGAAGUGGUAUCCUGUGACGAAUGCACAAUAAAAGACGACGUUUACAUUUCGAGGGAUUCAGAAAGCAGAAGAAAAAUCACGACAAAAUCCCCAUUUCGAGGCCUCGAUGAGAGUCCCGAGCAACGAAUUGACCCCUGG